AUGUAUCCGCCAUUUGAUUACUUCGAGCAUCGCCGGGCCUGCGUGAUCAAACAGCGCCAGCGCGACGCCCGCUUCGCCUCUCUCCCCGACCCGUACCGGGGGCCCCUCACAACCUCACAACGAUCGAUCCUCUCAGCGCCCAUUUCCCAGCUGGUCAGCGAUGUCCAGUCUGGCCAUUUGUCGCCCAUCGAUAUCCUCAGAACGUACGGCAAGACCACGUCCAUUGCACACACGCGCACCAAUUGCGUGACCGAGCUGCUUCUCCCCGAGGCCGAGUCCUGGGCGAGAGAUGAAAAAGACGUGAAUCUCAAGGGUCCGCUCGCCGGCAUUCCUGUUUCGUUGAAGGAUAGCAUUGCCGUGGGGGGGUUCGAUGUCAGCGUGGGAUAUUCGCGGAACGUGUUCAAACCAUACGCCGAAGAUGGAGUCAUGGUGAAGCUCCUGAAAAGGGCUGGCGCAAUACCACACGUCAAGACUGCACUGCCCAUCACCUUGCUGAGCUUCGAGAGUACCAAUGAUUUGUGGGGCGUGUGUCGCAACCCGCACAAUCCGAGGUAUUCCCCCGGCGGGAGCACGGGCGGAGAAGGAGCUCUGCUGGCCUUGAAUGGGAGCCGGAUUGGCAUUGGGAGUGAUGUGGCCGGGUCAGUUCGUGCCCCUGCUGCGUGGAGCGGCAUCAAUUCCCUGCGAUGCAGUACGGGACGAUGGCCGAAGGUGGGCAUGAACACGUCCAUGCCCGGACAGGAAGGAAUCCCCAGCGUCUUCUCUCCCAUGGCCAGGACGUUGGACGACCUGAUUUACUUCACCCGCGCAUUCAUCGGCAUGAAACCGUGGGAAGUGGAUUACACCGUCCACCCAAUUCCCUGGAGACAAGAGGUCUACGACGCCGCCCUGGAGCAGAAACCCCUCCGCAUUGGCUUGAUGGCCACAGACGGCGUAUGCGCUCCAUCACCCGCGAUCGCGCGCGGACUCGACAUCACAGCCUCCGCUCUCCGCUCCGCCGGCCACGAAGUGGUCUCGAUCCCAGUGUCCUCGUUCCCCACGAACGCCACACCUGCCCUAGGCCUUCAAAUCGCAGCGACCCUCCUCUGCGCCGACGGCGGCAAAACAUUCAAAUCCUUCUUCCGCAGUGGAGAGAACAACGAUCCGGGAGCGGCACAGAUCAACUUCUACAUGGCGCUGCCCCGUCCGGUCAAGUACCUGUGGUAUCUCUUCACGAAAUACGUCAAGCGGGACCCUGUUUGGGCCCAAAUAUUGCGGUACUUUCACCCGCUCUCGGCGUUCGAAAACUGGAAAUGGGUCGCCAAGCGGGAGAAGUUCAGGGAGACGUGGUUUAGUUGGCUGAACGCGCCGGAGCAGAGCUUUGACUUCAUUUUGUGUCCCGGAAAUGCCACCCCGGCGCUGCCUCACGGCUGCAUGAAGGAGGCGGUGAGCAGUUGUGGGUAUACGUUCCUGUGGAAUUUGUUGGACUACUCGGCGGGGAUAUUACCGGUCUCGAAAGUCGAUGCCCAGAAGGAUGCUUUGCCCAAGGGGUUCAAGCCCGCCAACGGCAUCGAGAAGGGCGCGUAUAAAUACUACAAUGCCCAAGAAAUGGCGGGGCUCCCGAUCGCGGUCCAAGUCGUGGGAAGACGGUUGACGGAGGAGAAGGUGUUGGCGUAUAUGAAGGUCGUGACGGACUCGCUGGCGGAGAGUGGCACCGUGUACGAACACCUCGAUGUAGAGAAUCUGCCUGAGGUGGAGGAGCUCGAUGGCACGAGGCAGAGGAAGGUCGAGGUAGAUCCGAAGAAGAUAUGGUAG